UGUAUGUCAUUUGCAGGGUGCAGGCAGAAUGCUGACUACUGAGGAUGCAAAUAUGUAAUGCAAUAAGGUGCCAUGGAGCAAGAGAACAGAAAUAAAUGGUGUCUGCUUUGUAUUCAUGACCAACAACCUGCCAGUGUUGAUGUGGUGGGCGAGGGAAAAACAAAAUGAAGGAACUAGUGUCAAACAGUACAACCAGUAUUUCUCAAGCCAGGAAAGCUGUGGAGCAGUUAAAAAUGGAAGCAUACAUGGAUAGAAUGAAGGUAUCCAAGGCUGCAGCAGAUUUAUUGGCAUAUUGUGAUGCACACAUUGGAGAAGAUCCCCUUAUUAUUCCUGUACCUGCAUCUGAAAAUCCCUUUAGGGAGAAGAAACUCUUUUGUACUAUCCUUUGAGUCAGUUUUCAAUUAAAAAUGUCAUCUGCUAAAACUUGGUAACAGUGUUGCAUGCUGUUAGCAUUUUCUUCUUCAGAUGUCAAUACUUACCCCAUAACUACAGUAUUUUUGUAAGGUGGGGCAAGUUCUGCUAAAAAGCCCCCCUAAAAUGAAAAAAAAAAAAAAACCAAAAAACAAAAA